AUGGAAGGGAGUCGACCAAAUGUUGGUGAUACAUCUAGUAUUGCACCUCAAAAGAAGGGCAAAGGUAACAAAGACUGUAAGCGCAAACGCACGCUCACUGAAGUUGUAGAUGAUGAUGAAGAUGCAGAUGUAAAUGGAGAUGGAGAUGGAGGUAAAAGCAAAGUAACGAUAAUCCUCACGUCUAGAUGUAAGAAGUGUGGGAAAGUAUACAACACAGAUAUGGUAUUUGAUCCUCGUUAUAAAUUUCAAUUUGUGGAGUGGUGUUAUGUUGAGCUUUAUGGUGAAGGGUCAAUGGAAUGCAUGAAUGUUCGUGAGGAGCUAUUUGCUUUAUUUGAUGAGUACAUGGGAAAUACUUCUAAGGGUUCUUCUUCUCAAACAAUAUCUUCUUGUCCUCGUAGUGAUGUUAAUCAAGAGCUAAAUCCAAUUCGAAAGUCUACUGAUUUUUUGAAAAAACAUCUAACUCUUUGUGGACUCCGCUCUUGGUUUGGUUCACGGGAGCACUUGAACUAG